AGAAAGCACUUUCUCGGGACCAUUCACAAACAAGAGACACCAAAGCCGUGACAUAUGCCAGUGCCACCGCCACCACCACCUCCUCUGCCUCCCCCUCCCCCGCCUCUGGGAGCUCCUCCCCCUCCUCCGCCAUCGGCACCCCCGGUCAGCUCAGACACUUCCAUCUUGAGAAAGGCAGAUCCGAAAGGCCGGAGCGCGCUGUUGGCUGAUAUCCAGCAAGGAACUCGCCUACGGAAAGUCACGCAGAUCAAUGACCGCAGUGCCCCGCAAAUCGAGACUUCUAAAGGAACCAACAAAGAAGGAGGAGGUGCCCCAAACUCCCGAGGUGCGAGCACACCCCCAGCCCUAGGAGAUCUGUUCGCUGGUGGCUUUCCUGUAUUGCGACCGGCAGGCCAGAGGGAUGCAGCAGGUGGCAAGACUGGGCAGGCCCCAGGCUCCCGAGCACCUUCCCCGAGGCUUCCCACCAAAACCAUCAGCGGUCCACUUAUCCCUCCUGCGUCUCCUAGGCUGGGCAACGCCUCCGAAGCACAUGGAGCUGCCAGGACAAUCCCUCCUCGCCCCAAUGUGCCCCGCGCCCCCCUCCCCCCCCCGCCCAUUCCACCCCCACUCCCUCUCCUCCCACCUUGCGGGUAUCCUGGGCUCAACGCGGAGCCUGCCAGCCCAGCUCAGGAUGUGCGCGAGCCUCCUGCCCCGCCACCCCCACCACCUCUGCCGCCCCCACUGCCCCUCUAUGCCUCGUGCUCUCCGAGGACUUCUGUGCCCGCACCCCCUUUGCCAGGCGCUAAUAGUAGCAGCGAAAACCCGCCCCCACUGCCCCCGAAGUCCCCCAGCUUCCAAGCCCCGUCGCAGAAGGCCGGCAUGCAGACCUUGCCCACGCCCCCAGCACCCCCGGGAAUCCAGCCACUCCUGCAGAAGAAGAGACCCGGCAGAGGCCCUGGAACAAGCGGGGCAAAGCUUAAUCCACCUCCAGCCCCUCCUGCAAGAUCUCCCACCACUGAGCUUUCAAGCAAGAGCCAGCAGGUCCAAGCCUGGAGCCCGACACAGCAGCCCGGAGGUCAGCUACGAAAUGGAAACCUGCACAUCAUUGAUGACUUCGAGUCUAAAUUCACGUUCCAUUCUGUGGAAGACUUCCCCCCUCCGGAUGAAUAUAAACCAUGCCAGAAGAUUUACCCCAGCAAGAUCCCCAGAAGUCGUACACCUGGUCCCUGGCUCCAGGCCGAGGCUACUGGGCAGAGCUCCGAUGACAUCAAAGGCAGAAAUUCUCAGAUAGCACUAAAGACACUCCGGUGAGAAGGUGGAUGAAGCCAAGGUCCUGGAGCUGGCUCCAUGUUGUAGGAUGGGCACCCCCAGGAGAACAUGUCAGAUCCCUCCAUAUUCAAGCUGUAAUUCAGCGGACAUACAGGCUCUGAAUAGAGCAUUUAUUUAUUGUAAAUAGGUGGUUUGCACGAGCUUUAAAGCAGUAUUUUAGUCAACUUUUAUUUGAGUAAUAUUUUUUAAGACACCCACCAUUUCUGCAUUUUUUAAAAAUGCAUCUUGGCAUUCGUCUGUCAGUACAGCUAGCACCCUGUCCCAUCCCAUGGCGUCCAUUCCAUCGCUCUCCAUAUGCUUGUGGGCUGGCCCUUCCCAGAUUCUGAACUGUUUUUAGGAGAUUCCUUAGUUUGCAGGUCCCCAAGUCAUCAGUAUCCACAACGGCUUCUUAUUGGCAUGAUUUUAUAUUCUCAUUGCAUCAACUGCAAAACCAAACCAAAUAAUGCCUUAUCAAUGAUGCAGCUCAGAGGAAGUUGUGUGUCCCCACACCCAGACGAUGCCGCGCCGCCUCCAGUGAACGAGACGCCAUGUCUCGCUUCCGUUUUGCAGUACAGGGAUGAUUUUUUUUUGCUGCCUAGUGUAAAUAUAUUGUAAAAUAAAAGCAAGAGUGGGCAUGGCCCCCCACUGCCGACCCCAGGGCCCUUUCGUAACUGACUAAUCCUACGAGAAGCCAGUGCUCUUACUGUUUACAGUGUCCCUAGUGCCCCAGUCUCCAUCACUUCUCUUCAGUCCCCUGGAAGUUCCCAGCCCCAUUCUGGUAGCCAGGGUAAGGUCGGCCUGCUGAGAUUUUUGUAUUUUUUCCCCCUGCAGAUUAAAAACACAUCUGACUCAUUACUGUAAUCAACUGCUGAUUCUAUCUCAGAGGUCUGUCCCAACCCUUGUCCCUCCUGAGUGCAGGAUUUUCUUGGAAAAGGUGACACAGAAAAAUGUAGAAUGAAGUGUUUCAUGAAAUAAUCUGCCUCAAGUAGCUGACACCCCAGUCCUUUCAGGGGCCUUGGAACCAACCGUCAGGCAAAACCUAGUUCCCUUCUAAGCUGAAGGAGACCCCGACCGGACACCCUUUUGUUGUGGGCAUGUCCUCUAGGAGGUGGGGGUGUAAGCUCAGCCACCCUGACAGUGGAAAGGGUCAGGCCUAGCUGGGACUGCUCUUCACACCCCUGGCUUCGGCCAGCAAGAGAGGUGGGGAAGACUAUGACAGAAGAAGGGGCAAAAAUAGAAGGAAACAGAUUAAUCCUUGGGCUGUUAUUAAAAUAGCUACAGAUGAAAGGGAAUGGGGGAUGGCGUGGGGAGAGCAAUGAAAGUGUGCGAUGGAGCAGCCCACUCACGCUACGAGGGUAUCACGCCCAGACCACGCCAUCCAGAAGUCGGGGGGUUAGGAGGGUUUUGGCAAACGUGACUGCACACACCUCGCCGAUGUCUGGAGUAACGACUAACAGUGUCACGCAGCACAGCAGUGCUUUGCUUCCUCAUUCCAGACAGAAGCAACCGCAUCAGGGUCAAGAUCCCUUCCCUAGGCAAUGAGCCAGGCCAAAUCCGAACAGCUAAAUCCAUGGAAAAGAAGCUCUCAUGGUCGUCAGCUCUGUGCAUUACCGAUUUCUUUUCUUGGUUCUCGAAGGCUUCUGAAAGGUCAGAAUUGAUUAUAACAGUAUUCAUUUCACCUCCCUCUUAGUUGUGUGAAAUAAUUAUAAAAUGUUCAUUAUCAUGAUGGAGAAGGCCCUCAACAAAGGCAAUUCCACCUUCAGGGUAGGCCGCCCGCCCUGGUGAGGUGUUGAUACAUUGAUGUGUCCCACGGUCGCGAUGGAAAUUAAAAAUGAAACAAUUGAAGGACAGAGGGAGGAAAUGAGCAGAAACCAAAAACGGCACCGAGGGAGAAGUCUCAGGACUCUGUCUUCACGUCUCUCCUUGAGACCUGCCCCAGAAUCCAGACCCAAGCUCACGCUGGUGCACCAAGCUCCCUGGCCAUGCAGAGGUUUAGCCCCUCGACCAUGAGUUCACACGCAUGGGCAUCUGCGUCGUGGUGACCCUGCCGUCCUCCGUACCCUCCAGACACCAGUCUGUGCCCCACCCACAAUAUUUCACAUGUAUUUUAUAUUUAUUAAUGUCUCCCUCUGCAGAUUCCUUUCUUUGUACCUAAUAAACUUUAACA